GGGGAACAAGAACGUGACGGAGGAGUCAAAAGAAGAAUGAAGAGAGACGGAAAAUAGAGCGAACGGAGCACCACUACAAGAACGUUAAAUUAAAGCCGUUAUCUUUAGAUAUUAGUGUGGAAAAUAGUUGUGUUCGGUGAAGUGAAGUAUGACUGAGUCUCAGUCAGCGCUGUUACUCGCGAGACAGCUGGCAGAGCUGAAUAAGAACCCAGUGGAGGGAUUCUCAGCAGGCCUGAUUGAGGAUAGUGAUCUCUACAGAUGGGAAGUCCUCAUCAUUGGGCCCCCAGACACUCUGUAUGAAGGUGGCGUGUUUAAAGCUCAUCUGACGUUUCCCAAAGACUACCCUCUCAGGCCACCAAAAAUGAAAUUUAUCACAGAUAUUUGGCAUCCUAAUGUUGACAAAAAUGGCGACGUAUGCAUUUCUAUUUUGCACGAACCUGGGGAGGAUAAGUACGGUUAUGAGAAACCAGAGGAACGCUGGCUGCCCAUCCAUACAGUGGAAACCAUCAUGAUUAGUGUUAUCUCCAUGCUGGCAGACCCCAACGGUGACUCACCAGCCAACGUGGACGCUGCAAAAGAGUGGAGGGAGGACAGACACGGAGUGUUCAAAAGGAAAGUUGCACGUUGUGUACGAAAAAGCCAAGAGACUGCGUUUGAGUGAUAUUAAGCAAAGCUGUCUUCAUCUUUUCAGGGUCUCUAAUUGAAAAUGAACACUGCACUGUUUCCUGCACUCUUCCACCCCGAUGCCAUGCUCGUCCUUCAUUUUGGCAGGAACAGACUGGCUACUGUAGGCUGCAAUAGAACAUACAAUGACAACCACGGCUGACAGAAAACCGCCAAGCAAGUGCCAAUUCAAACAACAACAAAAAGGAAGAUAAGUUUUUUUUUUGUUUGUUUUGUUUUUCUCCGAGUCUAUGAACUGCUUCAAAAUUCAGGAAGAUAUUGUAAAGACGUGUAUAUAGCACAGACUAAACCGGAUAAUAUAUAAACUUCCCUUCCACAGUACACACACACGUAGGCCAAAUGAAUAGUGCUGGUUCAGAUUUAUUUUCACCCAUUUGUUUCCGCUCUGUGUGCUUUAGUUCUCUGAAGAUUGUUUUAACUGGAGGUCAAGUGAGAUGUAACUAGGGAUGUUCUGUUAAUUGAUGGAGUCAGAACUCUGCUUUGUGCUUCUAAUUGAUUCUCUUCCUCCCUUCUUUACAGUUUUAAAGUCUUACCAUUCUGCUGAGUUUCCUUAAAGCAUGGUGCGUACUAGGAUUUGCAUGUUAAAUUUUUGUUGACCUUUUUGCAAAAGUGCCUCCUAAUAAAAUGCAUGGCCAUUUCAACCUGCAUUGAACAAGUGUUAAAAUCUAUUUUUUUUAAAAAACAACGGCUUGUGUACAACCCAUGUAUGAAUUAUUAAAUAGUCAGUACACCAGAAACUUGUAUAAAUAAGACAUUGGUUACAGUUUGGUGUAGCAAUAACUCCACUAGUACAACAUGUCGUCCUGGUUCACAUCAAAUCCUCCAACACUGUUAUUUUAACUGCCUCUUUCUUUCUUUGACCUCAGUAGGAAUUGUUUUGCAUGUUUGUUUAUUUUUAAUUUGCUGAAAGUUUCUGGGAUUUUUUUUUUCUCCUUUUCUGAAGGCUUGUGUACUGUAACUAGUAUGUGUUCCCAUUUGUUUGAUUAUUAUCCAUCAUUCACAGUCUCAACCUAUUGCAGUUUUUGCCUAUUGUACAAAAUACCGAUGUAUAUUUUUCAUGUUAUGAAAAUUGUAAUCUGUAGUGAGUUCUGAAAUAUGACUUUUUUUU